AUGACUUCAGUUACCGUCCGUGUUUUUGACACACAAAAUCAAAGGCUCGAGUCGCAGCACUAUACCUCGAAUGCUCACACCACUCCGACUGUACAACAACCACCCGCCCCAUCACAGCUCGCACUUGCCAACCAACCACCACCAAAUGAGGCGCGAGAUCAGCCUCAUGGAAAUGUGCGAUUUCCUAUUGACGAGCCACAUGGACGAAAGGCUACGCACACCUUUGCUGUCUCUGAACCAAGGGCACCUAAACCUCAGCCCCAGGUACCUACCAGUGGUAAUACCGAGUGGGAUGUCUGGCCUGACGGCCACAUUGUGCGCACCUACUCGCAUGAAGAUGCCAAACGGCCCGAGGUCAACAAUUUCCACGUCCACUGGGCUUGUGAGGGCGUAGGUGCUCCUCGACAUAAAGGCUCACUCGAUGCGUUACAGUGGCAAGACGGUGUGCGUAGUCGUAGACGUUGCCACGGUGUAAUUAUAUGCACCAACCAUGAAUCCAAGGGUGGAUCAUGUGCCAUUGUCAUCCGCCCUACAACGACGAAGAAACUCAUUACGAGGCAGCUUGAGACAACAUGCUCGUGUGGUGCCAUGCUCGUCCAUAAUCACUGCGGUAUAAUUUACGACCUUUUCAAAUUUGCGGGCGGUGUGUGCUUCGUUCAUCGUGGCUUUCACAACCACCUUCGCCCACCGCGACGAUUGCAUCUGACGAGAGUGGAAUCGGAUCUCUUCCAGCAAGUCAUCGAGGAGCACCCCCGCAUGGGCGCAACACAGCUUUUGAUGGGCCGCCCAGGCAUCAAUGGACCCCAGGAGUCAAUUGCGGUCAUAUCUCCAGUGCUUCUGAACACAGCCAGGGUGAACCUUGAGAGAAAAAAGGUUUUCGCGAUGAGCCGAGGGAAGGACAUUAUUGCAGAGUUCACGGAGUUCCAGCGCCAGCAUCCUAAUUUCGUUAUUUUCCACACCUUCGAUCCCGUCGCAGUUGUCAUCACGCAGUCACCCACCAUGUUGUCGUUUCUUGUCAAGAAUCACAGUAAUGGCAUUAUAUCUGAUGCUGCCCAUGGGUUUUGGGCUGAGCGUAAUGAUCUAUUAAUCAUAAGCUCGGUCUUCAGUGAUGCUCUGCAAUGCUGGGUGCCAGGUGUAAUGACAUGGUCGAAUGGUGGCACCGAAGCACACUACCGUCAUCAUUUCCGUGCACUAUUUGAAACAAUGGCAGGGGAGUAUGAAAGGCAGAACAUUAUUCUCACUGACGAUCUUUUUGCGAAUGUCGUUGAUUUCAGCCAGGCAGAGCGAGCAGGCUUCAUCAAUGCAUAUGUAGAAUUCUGGAUGGUUCGUGAAGAUAAUACUCGCCCAGCUGAAGAACUCGCAGAAGCUGCCAGGGGUCUACUGAAGGGCUGCCACCCACAUUUUCGUGCACAGGUCACUCGUGUCAAAAAAAUUAGUGGUGUCGUCCCUCCUGCACUUGCAGAUGUGUUCGAAGACCGUGUGCUGCAGCUCCUGCAGUGUCAAGACCUUGCGACGUUCAAGUCUAUCUCAUCAUCUCUCAUUCGUGACUACCCCAAGGCUGAGGACUGGUUGAACUGGUGGAUGGCAGAUGGGCGUGCUGAAAUGUUGUUUGCUCCCUUUCGGCGCAUGCCAGAUAAUCUCUGGUAUAAUCUCGAGGACACCACCAAUGCGGAGGAGGCAAUGCAUUGGCGGAUAUACUGUGGCCUUGGCAAGUUUCAUAGCUUCGUGGCUGGAUUACAUGCACUGCGAGCAUUUUCUGAGUAUUGGCAGCUGCAAUUGGCUGGUAAUUCUUCUGGGAUUCCUCUUUUCUACGGAAAUAUGCGGCAGUUCUGGCAGAAAUGGAAAGCCGAGCUUGGCACUACACAUCCUUCUCGUGCACCCGACAAGAUCGCAGCCAAAAAACGAACUCGAAAUGAUGGUCGCCCCCCUGAUACAGCUCGUCAAUUACUCGGCAAUCACUCUACCAAUGGAGAGACCCUACAUGACACAUCAUUGUCUCCGACGAAACGACCCCGCCUAAAUGACAUCAAACGAGCAUCCUAUAAGUGGUCUAACAACUCAUGUUGGCUUGAUACUUCACUCGAACUCCUUUUCGCUGCUGCCUCACAAGAUUUCGAGACAUCAUUCAGCCCUCGAAUGUCAGAGUUGACUGAUGAAGACUCGCUUUCACUCCUCAGUCAUGCCCUCAACGCUCGCACUGUGGUGCAAGGCCCCGAUCCCUCAGCACCAGAUGAUAUUGUUGGUAUGUUGAUUGUGCAGCGCGAUAGUCUUAGAAAAGACCUCUCCGACAAGAAUAUAAUCUCGGACGUAGACUCUUUCGAACCAAUCUUUACUUGGUUAGGAUCAUUGCUCGACUAUCCACGAAACUGUCCUAUUAAAUUCAUGCAUGGCUACUUCCAUCUUCACAUGAUUGAUGUUCGCUCAUGCUCCGGUUCACUCUCUAACGAAUCGACGUUCAUGCAAGAUCGGCACUGGCAAAUUGUCCGCAAGCCUAGGACCGUCUUUCAUCACCAAUUGGGAAGAUCUAUGGCAGAGCAGUUUGACGGGGAUGUGAGCAAAUGGUUUCGACACUUAAUCCAGGUCAAGAAGCCACCCGAGAAAUCACGUUCCUGCUGGUGUGUAUUGGAUGGUGACGUGUUGUGCAACGGGGCAGCCACUUGUCUCAAAUUUUGCUCACAUAUACCCAUCACAUUAAUAAUUGAAAACAACGAUCAAGACAUCCAAGGGCAUGAUAACAACGGCUCAUCGUGGCACUUCCCGCAGACGAUUCGACCACUAGACGGAAAGGCAGAGGAGCGUCAAGGUGUUGUAUAUGAUAUUGUUGGGCGAGCAUUCUUUAGUCCAGGCACCAGUCAUUUCAUUGCUCGUUAUGCCACUCCCGACAAACGCAUCUAUGACUACGACGGGAUAAAGUUUGGUGGUUAUGUGACAUUGGAUAGGAAGGCAAAAACAACCACCCACAUCGCAGGCACACAUCGCCUGAUAUCCCCACCCCCUCGAUUCAACACUUGCGCUGUGAUUUACCAUCUUCGUGGAGGGACCGAAGCUCAACGAUACUUUUCACGACACCAGAUGGCAUUAGCGCAGCAGAUGUUGAACAUCGAGUUUGUCAACGCACAUAAUGGCAGCCAGUUGACUGAUAGCGAACUGUCAAUACCCCGGGAAAUUCAAUUGCAUGGUGACAUUCUCCCGAUUCCGUCAGAUGAGCGGUUCUGGGCCCUGGAUCAAACAAACUCGUCAAAAUAUGUGGACUAUGUAUCUCACAAACCCACCGUGGAAAGUUCAUUGCCCCCCCCACCGAUUUCACAGCCGAGACCACCGAAACGAAAGAGGGUACAGUUGAAUGUCCUAGAUAGCGAUGAUGAUGAAAUCCAGGAGGUCAAACCACCACCUCUAUCCCAAGAAUACGAGUUCUACUGUCGGUGUGGAAGCCGGGAACAUGGAGAUCUCCAGCAAGAGAGCGAAGUGGCAAUUCAGUGUGAUAACUGCGAGCGCUGGUCUCACGUAGCUUGCCAGAGGGAUGGUCGGGCAAGUAACUUGACAAAAAAGCAGUCAUUUUACUGUGAUGCUCCUGACUGUGCGCCAUAUAGUGAUCGUGUAUCACUCUCGCAAAUUAGACGGCCUGAGCGGUGA